CAAGCAGAGAAAGGGAAAGGAAAAGGGGAAAGAAAGAGGGGCAGAGGAGGGAAGGCGACUGCAGUCCGAAAGGAGCUUUUGGAAGCUAGGACCCUAAGCGUCAGGACGUGGCAUUGGUCGAGAGAAAGCCUGGGCUGGCAAGAGCUGCCGCCGGCGCUGGGAGAGCAUUUAUUUGGGAGAAAAAGAGGGGAGAGAGCAGAGGGAGGGGGAGGAAGAGAGUUCAAACCGAAGUGGAUGGAAGGGGACUGGGGUUUCUGCCGCGCAGGGAGCCGUGAGCCAGGGCGAUGGCGCUAAGGACGGCGCGGAGCAGCUGCGCUCCCGAGAACGCGUCCCCUCGCAGAGGACUAGCAGGCAUCGGGAAGGUCUGCGCCAACGGGAACCAACUUGUGGCUCCAAAAUGUACCCAACGCAGCUGGAAAUGAGAUCAAAGCUGCAGUUGCAUUUGAGAAGGAUGAGAAGAGCCAGCGAUUAGGGAAUUUUUUUUUUACCCGUUUUCUUCCUUUUUCUUUUUUUCUUUUUUUCUUUCUUUUUUCGUGUGUGUGUUUUUUUAAUUUGCCUACCACCCUGUCUGUCCCCUCACUUCGCCCUCCCCAUUUGAAAUAAAAGCCCCAGUCUCAACUUCCAUCACCUCGGCGCUCCCGGAGCCACUGCCGGCUGAUGGAGGAGAAGGGGACCCGGGGGCUGGCAGGGGCCACCGGCGAGGGACCGCAUCCUGCGUCUCCCCCGUGAUCCCGGCCCCGACCGCGGAGUUCUGCAACACCUGGAGGAUCUGGACCGGGUGCUGGGGGUGGGGGCGGGGACAGAGGAAGGAAAGGCACCCCGAGCCUUAAAAAGAAAAAAAAAAAAGUAGCGGGGGGAGGAAUGGGUUUCUUCUUGACAGCUGACGGAGCCUUGAAAUUUUCCUCCACUACCUCCGCCCCCGCCCCCGCCCCCGCCCCCCGCACUCCAUUUAACGUGAGAUUAUGAAAUUGCAGAGGCGGUGGAGGGAAGGAGACAGGAUAUAACCGGAGUUUGGAGGGGAGAGGGGAAGGUGGCUGGCCGGGUGGCUGAAAUCAAAAAUUCAAUUGCGCACUGGGUUGUGAUGAGAAAUCUAAUCAGAUCUUUGGCGAAGGGGCCGGCCGGAAGGAUGGAGAGUGGGGGGGAAGUUGCUCCCCACAUUCUUCGAAGGGGAGGCUGGGGAGAGGAAUCGACCAUGUAAAAGGAGACUUUUUUUUUGGUGGUGGUGGCUGUUGGGUGCCUUGCAAAAAUGAAGGAUGCGGGACGCAGCUUUCUCCUGGAACCGAACGCAAUGGAUAAACUGAUUGUGCAAGAGAGAAGGAAGAACGAAGCUUUUUCUUGUGAGCCCUGGAUCUUAACACAAAUGUGUAUAUGUGCACACAGGGAGCAUUCAAGAAUGAAAUAAACCAGAGUUAGACCCGCGGGGGUUGGUGUGUUCUGACAUAAAUAAAUAAUCUUAAAGCAGCUGUUCCCCUCCCCCGCCCCUAAAAAAAGGAUGAUUGGAAAUGAAGAACCGAGGAUUCACAAAGAAAAAAGUAUGUUCAUUUUUCUCUAUAAAGGAGAAAGUGAGCCAAGGAGAUAUUUUUGGAAUGAAAAGUUUGGGGCUUUUUUAGCAAAGUAAAGAACUGGUGUGGUGGUGUUUUCUUUUCUUUUUGAAUUUCCCACAAGAGGAGAGGAAAUUAAUAAUACAUCUGCAAAGAAAUUUCAGAGAAGAAAAGUUGACCGCGGCAGAAUGAGGCAUUGAUUGGGGGAGAGAAACCAGCAGAGCACAGUUGGAUUUGUGCCUAUGUUGACUAAAAUUGACGGAUAAUUGCAGUUGGAUUUUUCUUCAUCAACCUCCUUUUUUAAAAAUUUUUAUUCCUUUUGGUAUCAAGAUCAUGCGUUUUCUCUUGUUCUUAACCACCUGGAUUUCCAUCUGGAUGUCGCUGUGAUCAGUCUGAAAUACAAGCAAGAAACUGAGAGUGAGAAAGAAGGGACUGGCCAGAGUUACUCAGCUAGACAGUGACAGACAACAGUGGAACUUCUGAUUGGCAAACGCACUGCCUAUUUACAGCACAGAGACCCCCAGUGGAGAGCUAGUUUAGAAACAGCCUCAUGUUCCCUGCUUGACUCGAGAGAUGACUUUCCUUGGGAUUCACUUAUCUUACUGUUUGAAUUCCAGAAGGACCAACACCAGAUAAAUUAUGAAUGUUGAACAAGAUGACCUUACAUCCACAGCAGAUAAUGAUAGGUCCUAGGUUUAACAGGGCCCUAUUUGACCCCCUGCUUGUGGUGCUGCUGGCUCUUCAACUUCUUGUGGUGGCUGGUCUGGUGCGGGCUCAGACCUGCCCUUCUGUGUGCUCCUGCAGCAACCAGUUCAGCAAGGUGAUUUGUGUUCGGAAAAACCUGCGUGAGGUUCCAGAUGGCAUCUCCACCAACACACGGCUGCUGAACCUCCAUGAGAACCAAAUCCAGAUCAUCAAAGUGAACAGCUUCAAGCACUUGAGGCACUUGGAAAUCCUACAGUUGAGUAGGAACCAUAUCAGAACCAUUGAAAUUGGGGCUUUCAAUGGUCUGGCGAACCUCAACACUCUGGAACUCUUUGACAAUCGUCUUACUACCAUCCCGAAUGGAGCUUUUGUAUACUUGUCUAAACUGAAGGAGCUCUGGUUGCGAAACAACCCCAUUGAAAGCAUCCCUUCUUAUGCUUUUAACAGAAUUCCUUCUUUGCGCCGACUAGACUUAGGGGAAUUGAAAAGACUUUCAUACAUCUCAGAAGGUGCCUUUGAAGGUCUGUCCAACUUGAGGUAUUUGAACCUUGCCAUGUGCAACCUUCGGGAAAUCCCUAACCUCACACCGCUCAUAAAACUAGAUGAGCUGGAUCUUUCUGGGAAUCAUUUAUCUGCCAUCAGGCCUGGCUCUUUCCAGGGUUUGAUGCACCUUCAAAAACUGUGGAUGAUACAGUCCCAGAUUCAAGUGAUUGAACGGAAUGCCUUUGACAACCUUCAGUCACUAGUGGAGAUCAACCUGGCACACAAUAAUCUAACAUUACUGCCUCAUGACCUCUUCACUCCCUUGCAUCAUCUAGAGCGGAUACAUUUACAUCACAACCCUUGGAACUGUAACUGUGACAUACUGUGGCUCAGCUGGUGGAUAAAAGACAUGGCCCCCUCCAACACAGCUUGUUGUGCCCGGUGUAACACUCCUCCCAAUCUAAAGGGGAGGUACAUUGGAGAGCUUGACCAGAAUUACUUCACAUGCUAUGCUCCGGUGAUUGUGGAGCCCCCUGCAGACCUCAAUGUCACUGAAGGCAUGGCAGCUGAGCUGAAAUGUCGAGCCUCCACAUCCCUGACAUCUGUAUCUUGGAUUACUCCAAAUGGAACAGUCAUGACACAUGGGGCGUACAAAGUGCGGAUAGCUGUGCUCAGUGAUGGUACGUUAAAUUUCACAAAUGUAACUGUGCAAGAUACAGGCAUGUACACAUGUAUGGUGAGUAAUUCCGUUGGGAAUACUACUGCUUCAGCCACCCUGAAUGUUACUGCAGCAACCACUACUCCUUUCUCUUACUUUUCAACCGUCACAGUAGAGACUAUGGAACCGUCUCAGGAUGAGGCACGGACCACAGAUAACAAUGUGGGUCCCACUCCAGUGGUCGACUGGGAGACCACCAAUGUGACCACCUCUCUCACACCACAGAGCACAAGGUCGACAGAGAAAACCUUCACCAUCCCAGUGACUGAUAUAAACAGUGGGAUCCCAGGAAUUGAUGAGGUCAUGAAGACUACCAAAAUCAUCAUUGGGUGUUUUGUGGCCAUCACACUCAUGGCUGCAGUGAUGCUGGUCAUUUUCUACAAGAUGAGGAAGCAGCACCAUCGGCAAAACCAUCACGCCCCAACAAGGACUGUUGAAAUUAUUAAUGUGGAUGAUGAGAUUACGGGAGACACACCCAUGGAAAGCCACCUGCCCAUGCCUGCUAUCGAGCAUGAGCACCUAAAUCACUAUAACUCAUACAAAUCUCCCUUCAACCACACAACAACAGUUAACACAAUAAAUUCAAUACACAGUUCAGUGCAUGAACCGUUAUUGAUCCGAAUGAACUCUAAAGACAAUGUACAAGAGACUCAAAUCUAAAACAUUUACAGAGUUACAAAAAACAAACAAUCAAAAAAAAGACAGUUUAUUAAAAAUGACACAAAUGACUGGGCUAAAUCUACUGUUUCAAAAAAGUGUCUUUACAAAAAACAAAAAAGAAAAGAAAUUUAUUUAUUAAAAAUUCUAUUGUGAUCUAAA